UCCAUGUCUGUUGAGCGGGACUAUAGAACUAAGUGCAGUAGAAUUGGAGCAAUUUAUUGUUGUCUGUGCGUAUAGGCCGCCUUUAAGUAAUUUUGAAAUAUUUGAAAGCAUAAUGGAAUCCGUCCUACUUAAAAUAUCACCUUCUAGUAAGAAAUUACUUAUAUGCGGCGACUAUAAUGUAAAUAUUUUGGAAAAUUCAACAGUAAGUUGUAGAUUGUUGAAUCUUUUCAAAUCAUGUAAUCUCAACCACAUGUUUAUGGAGCCUACUAGAGUGACUGCCACUAGUGCCACCUGUAUAGAUAAUAUUUUCACUGAUAUUUUUCCUACCGCUAAAAAUGUAAUCAGCAAGUUAGAAUCAGACCACUUAGGCCAAUUAAUGGUGUUUGAGGCUGUAAGGAAAAAUACCUUGCGAAAACAAAUAACUUUUGUACCAGUAACCUCUGACCGCGUGGAACGAAUGAAACAAAGUUUAAUUCAGGCGCUACCCUUUCUGUCUUCCAACAUGAGUCCUAAUGAUAUGUAUAAUUCAUUCUUUCACACUUUUAUGGAAAAUUAUAAUGCGAUAUUUACUACAAAAUCGGUCAUGGUUAGUGAUGCAUCAGUUUUUAGUGAGUGGGCUACUGCAGAGUUACAUCAACGAAGACGUGCAUUGUAUGCCUUGUAUGAGGAACGGCGGUUCAAUACGAGUGAUGAAUUUAAGGAAUAUGUUAAAAAAUAUUCGAAGAAGUUUAAAAUAGAUUGCCAUAUCGCUAAGCGUAAUUAUAUAAGUCAAACAAUAAAAACUAGCUCUGAUAUAAUUAAAACAACGUGGAAAGUAAUUAAUGUGGAGACUGGUAGAUCAAAGCAAAGGAUGAAAGAUCUUAAACUAAAAAUUGAUGACAAAAUCGUAGAUUCCAGUUUAGAUGUAGCAACAGAAUUUGAAAAAUUCUUCACCGAGGUACCAGCUUCCACAACUAAGAACUUAAAUUCAUCACCCUCGUCUGCCGUUACACUGUUAGAAGAGAAUGUCCCAGAAUGUAGGGGGAGUCCGGGAGAUAUGACCAGGUGGGAGAGUUGAACCACGACAAAUAUUUCAAUUCAAAUUUCGCGCCACCGACGCCGUUGACAGCUCAUGUCGUACUUUAACAGAAGGCGCAACUUUUGGCGACGCCAUAUUGGCCGCUAUUAGUCUGGUUUGGAAAUGACUGGAGUAAACGUGGUUUCGCUGUCGCGAAGUGAAAAAAAUUACAAUUUUAUAUUUUUACACUAUUUUGAAAAUUAAACAGGCCAAACGUCAAAGGAGGUAAGAGGAAGGUGUUGCAA